AUGUCGGUAGUUGAGAGAGAUCCCGGCGGUAAUUACGACGAAGAAGGUGAAGAUCGAGACGAAUUUCACAUUGAACAGCUAGUUGAGGAUUUUAGCGACGAACCUCCAAUCCGCCACGAUGUGUACCCAGAGAGUGAAGAUGAUGAUGAAGACGGUCCAGUAAGAGCUCGUACGAAUAUGAGGCGUGGGAAUGGGGAGUUGUUCUAUAAGCAGGAGUUUUUCAAUGGAGUUGCAUUCAAGGAGGCGGUUCUCGAUUAUGUUCUAAAAACCGGGAGAAAUCUGAAGCAGUACAAGUAUGAUAAGGCAAAAAUAGGGUAUAAAUGCGUUGGUGUUAAUGAUGAGGAUGGAUCUAAAUGUGAGUGGAAGGUUUAUGCGUCGAUUCUGUCAAAUGAUAGAGUAUGGAAGAUCAAUAAAAUUGUUGAUAAGCAUAGCUGUAUCCCAAAUGGAGAGUGUGAGAUGUUAACAGUGCCUCAUAUAGCUAGCUUGUUUGUUGAUAAGAUUAGAGAUGAUCCCGACUACUUCAUGCCUAGGAAGAUUGAGGAAAUCGUAAUGAGAGAUUGGAAGAUUAGUAUCACUAGGCCUCAGUGUCAAGCUGCUAGGAAGACUGCUAGAAAGUGGAUUGAGAGGGAGUAUGAUGAGCAUUUCCAUAGAUUAAGAGAUUAUGCGGCUGAGAUUAAGGCAUCAAACCCAAAUUCACAUGUCGAGGUCGAGUGUAUUAUGGACGAUGAAGGGAAGGACAUGUUCAACAGGUUCUAUGUUUGUUUUGACACCCUUAGAAGAACAUGGAUGGCGACUUGUAGACCGAUCAUAGGAAUUGAUGGUUGCUUUUUGAAGAAUAAGAUUAAGGGUCAGCUAUUGGUAGCUUUAGGCAGGGAUGCAAACAAUGGGAUGUAUCCAAUAGCAUGGGGAGUUGUCAAGGUUGAGAACUAUGACAAUUGGCUAUGGUUUGCUAAGUUGAUGAAAGAAGACUUUGGGUUAUUUCCGAUAGGCAAAAGGCAAGGAUUGAUCAAGGCUGUUUCUGAGGAGUUACCAAAGAUAGAGCAUUGGAUGUGUGUUCAACACAUCUACGGUAACUUGAAAAAGGUUCAUGGAAAUAAGACUCGAUUGAAGCCACUACUAUGGGAUUUGGCAUGGUCUUACAAUGAGACAGAGUAUUUGCGGCAUUUGGAGAGGAUAUUUGCUUAUGAUUCUCGCGUUUACAGUGAUGUAAUGAGGACAAAUCCAAAGAGUUGGUGUAGGGCAUUCCACAAGGUUGGUAAUUACUGUGAAGAUGUGGACAAUAACCCGACUGAGUCAUUUAACAGCUCCAUCAACAAGGCAACAGGCUCUAUGGAGGAGAAAUUAUGA